CAUAAACAAAUCAUCGAAAAUUAGUCAGACUUUUAUUUUAUUAAGUGUGUAGUUAUUUUUUUAAAAAUGGGUUUUGGUGGUUGUUACUCCUUCAUGAAAUAUACUGUUUUUAUUAUUAAUCUUUUAUUUUGGAUUUCAGGGCUUGCACUUAUUGUUUUAGCAGUAUGGUUAUUCACAGACCCUGUUUUUUACAUUAGUAUGCCACAAUCUCAGUUCAGUUAUGAUGUAUCAGCUUAUUUAUUGAUUACUCUUGGCAUUCUCUUAUUUAUUGCUGGGUCUUUUGGCUGCUGUGGAAUUGUUUCAGAAUCUCCCCUUUUAUUAGUUCUUUAUUUCUGCGUAUUAUUAUUGGUACUUGUUGCUGAAGUCUCUGCUGGUGUUUGGAGCUACAGUUAUCAAGAUGAAUUGAAGGACCUUAUUAAAAGAAGUGUCAAAGAUACAGUUAUCAAUGAUUAUGGUAAAAUUGAAAGUCGUACUCAAGCUUUUGACUCAGUUCAAACAGAGCUACAUUGUUGUGGUGCUGAUGGACCAUCAGAUUGGAUAAGUACCGAAUUUCAGGAAUUGAGGAUGUAUUUAACUCUCGCAGAACCAGAAUAUAAGAUACCACCAUCCUGCUGUGCUACUGAUGACAGUGCUGAUCCAAAGUGUAUUAGCGCUAUAAAACCAAAACCUGCUGCAAAGAUUUCAGAUGUUAUCUAUCAAGAUGGAUGUACUGAUAAAAUACUGCCACAUCUCUCAAACUUUGCAUUUUGGCUGAUCCUUUUGAAUGUCAUACUCAUCAUUUCUCAGUUAAUUGCAUUAACAUUUUCUAUUUUUCUGCGUUAUUCUAUUAAAAAAGGUUACAAAGCAUGAAAAUUUUUAAAGGCUCGCCAUUAAUUACUUUAUGGAUCCCAAAUUUUAUUGUUUAUGUAUGCCAUAUUUAAAUUAAGUGCCAAUAUGUAUGAUCAGUUCUAAAUUGUCAUCAAUAUUUAAGUAAUUUAAUUUAAAGAUUUCAUGAUGACUAUACUAUAUCCCCUAUUAUUAGUAUUGAUUUUUUUAUUUUAUAUGAAUUAAUAUUGAGAAUAUUUAUAGGAGCAAAAAAAAUAUAUAUAUAUAUGGUUCAUAAGAAAUUUCUGAUUAUUAAAUAUCAAAGAUAUCACGUUUUUCAAAGGAAUUGUAUGUUGUUAUUGUAUUUAUAUAUACUUAUACUGCAUAAGAAGAAUCUCAAAAAAUAUUUCUGAUCAAAUUAUUAAUAUAGGAAAAGUACUUAAACCCUAAAAAGUUUUCAAUAUUCC